AAUGAUUUCCGCCUUUCUGUUUCAUUCCGCUUUCGAUUCGUUGACAGGUUUACAGUACUCGUGAGCUUGUUCAUUAAAUUAACUUUAGCCUUUGUUGUUGUUUACAGCAAUUUUUUGUUUUUCUAUGGUUGUUAAUUGUUACUGUACUCUGUACGCUGCCAAUAGCCUGCCAUAUGCAUAUAAAGUUGCAGAUUCGUUAAGCUUUUAGUUUCUCAUGACUACUUACAUCUUUCACUGAACAUGGAUGUAAAGUGUCUCCUUCUGCUCGGAUUAUGCCUCGGAGGACCCGGAAGAGUUCUCUGCGAUCGAAUCAAAGAUCGGAUUUAUCAUGAAAUAAAGGAUUUUCAUUCGUGUUUUCGGAGACUCAAUGGAACCCACGAGGUUGGAUGCCAGUCUUUCCCGAAGGGGAACGUCGGAGUUCUCCAUCCUAUCAGAGCUCUUGCAGAUAUUCACCUCGUCUCGGAAGGAGGCCCGCAUUAUCCAUACAUUCCUGUGAUGAACGCCAAUGACAUUCAGUUUUACAACGUGGCUACUCUUCGGAAAUUGGAACAAUCCGGACAUGUUAGUGGAAUUAUUCUGAUCAGUCUGAGCAACUCGACAUUCUCGGAAUCGAUUUCAUACGAUCAGACAUGCCCGAAUGCUGCUUCGUCCCUGGAAGGCUCCUGCGAUAAAACCGAAUGGAAUCCGAUCGGAAACGGGAUGUUGUUCCAGAAAUGGGAUAUUCCUAUUUUUUUGCUGUACAACCAAGCCGAGAUCAGCUAUCUGCUGGAUAAUUGCACUUAUAAAUUUAAUAUACGUGCCAAUGGGACCACACCGUCUUGGCCGUUAUGUUCCGCCGAAUUAAAAAGCUUCAUGUACGCAGCUGUUGAUGCUCCAACAUGUCUCCGACGAAGCGGGCUCCAGAUGAAUCUUCAUCAAGAUGUUCGCUGUGGCCCACUUCUGGGACGGAAUAUUAUGUCGCAGGUGAAAUCAACAGAAUCUAUCAGUAAAUGCAAAUUAUACGGCGAAUGCCCAGGAAAAAACUCAACGAUUAUUAUUGCUUCACGACUGGAUUCUGCUAGCAUAUUCGAAUUAUCUCCUGGCACAGAAACUGCCGCCACUGGCAUCAUCACAUUGUUGUUGGUUUUGGAGGCCCUGUCCAAACAUAAGGAAGAGUUGAAGGAUAAGCGCUUAUUGUUUAUUCUUUUCAACGGAGAAUCCUGGGAUUAUAUCGGCUCCAGUCGAAUAGCGGUUGAUAUUCAAAAUGGCGCAUUUCCCACGGAUUUUCUGGACAAACUGAAACUUGACCAUAUUGAUAUGUUUGUUGAAUUGAGCCAGUUGGGAGCUUUCAUGGAGGAGAAAAUGUAUAUCCACAGUGAUCCCAAUGCACUCUUGAACAAUGCCACAAAAGGACAGAUUGAAUCGUUCUCUCAGUUCCUCUUGCAAGAAGGGCAGAAUAUUGGUUUUCCUGUUAAUUUCUUAAACUUUGAAGCGCCUUUACCGCCGGCGUCUUUUCAAAGCUUCCUGAAAGCCGAUCGAAGUAUUCCAGGAGUUGUGCUGGCUGACCAUAAGAAACAGUACAACAACAAGUUUUACAACAGCAUUUACGAUACGGGAACGAACUGGAAUUUAUCCUUCAUUAACAAUUCCACCAAUGAUGCAACGAUUCGUUUACAGAAAAUCGCUACAAUAGUUAGCCAAAGCAUCUAUGCUUAUGUGACUGGGAAUCACUCGUCUAUCGAAGUGAAUGCCACGCUGUCCGGAAUCUUGUUGAAUUGUUUUGCCAACAGUUCGUAUUGCGACUAUUGGAUUCGCUUUUAUGACUCAAUAAACUCUGCGAAGGCUUAUCUGAGGCCAGCACCUCUUGAUCUGUACAUCGGUGCUGGUGGACCCAACACAGCAUCUUUAGUUGUGUCGACCACAAUGGCACUUAUGAAUGGAGAAGUGUCGUAUGUUGAUCCGAAAUUUUGCGUUCCACAAAAAGAUUCUGUGAACGACACAGGCAUGAACAGUUUCUGGAUUUACGAAAGGAGUAAUAACAGUACCGGAUACUGCGUCUUUAGUCCAACAUACACAUCCGUGGCUGUUUCGCCGGCAUUUUCAACCGACGAUUUUUCUGGGAAAUAUUCCACGUGGACAGAAAGUAUAUGGGUUGUUCCGACGGUGCGAGUGUUUCUUCAACCCAAUCCCCAAGAUGAUAUAAAUACUUUGAUAUUUGGUAUCGCCAUAACUUUGGUGUUAACAGCUGUCAUUUUUGGACUGAACCGCUCUGCCAGAGAUGUUUUCCAUGUUGUUAAUGAAUAAGUGGCAGCUAAUUUUUUAUAUUAUCGUGCAAUCUAUGGGAAUCAAUUUUUUGUCUUCAUUCCGAUCCUUUGUAACUGAUUCUGAAUGAUCUCGCUGGUCAGUUAAUAUUGACUAGCAGUUUUUAAUCUUUUGAACUGUUCACAGUUGUUGUGUUUUGAUUGAUGUAUGCAUGCUAAAUGAAGAUUUUAAAACUGACGGAAAAAUAAAACGUUAUUU